GCAUGCGCACAGGAGCUCACGGGAAGCCAUGUUAAAGUUACAGUCAAGAACUGGUACUGAGAUUUUCUUCUGACGCCGUAUGUUUAUUUUCUUCAGCUCAGUUUGUGUUAGGGCUUCGAAAAAACCCCAACACUGACAGCAAGAGAUCAGAGUUCCCGCGAUGAGUUUCGAUCUAUCCAGAAGAAAUCCGCAGGAGGAUUUCGAGCUUAUCCAGAGAAUAGGCAGCGGCACCUACGGGGAUGUCUACAAGGCUCGUAAUGUCUCUACAGGAGAGCUGGCAGCCAUUAAGGUCAUUAAACUGGAGCCAGGCGAGGACUUUGCAGUGGUUCAACAGGAAAUAAUCAUGAUGAAGGACUGCAAGCACUCCAACAUUGUGGCCUAUUUCGGUAGUUACUUAAGGAGGGAUAAAUUAUGGAUAUGUAUGGAAUACUGUGGGGGAGGUUCGCUGCAAGAUAUAUAUCACGUUACUGGGCCACUAACAGAAUCACAAAUAGCAUAUGUAACAAGAGAAACUCUGCAGGGUUUAUAUUAUCUACAUAGCAAAGGAAAGAUGCAUCGAGACAUAAAGGGUGCCAAUAUAUUAUUGACCGACAACGGUUACGUCAAGCUAGCUGAUUUUGGUGUAUCAGCACAAAUCACAGCCACACUUGCUAAAAGAAAAUCCUUCAUUGGAACUCCUUACUGGAUGGCCCCAGAGGUGGCUGCCGUGGAGAGGAAAGGAGGGUAUAACCACCUGUGUGACAUCUGGGCUGUGGGCAUCACUGCCAUUGAACUAGCUGAACUGCAGCCUCCCAUGUUUGACCUUCAUCCAAUGAGGGCUUUGUUUCUGAUGACGAAAAGCAACUUUCAACCUCCCAAAUUAAAAGAUAAAGUUAAAUGGACCAAUAAUUUUCACAACUUUGUGAAAUUGGCAUUGACAAAAAAUCCAAAGAGAAGGCUGCCUGCUGACAAGUUACUGCAGCACCCCUUUGUAUCUCAACCGUUGAGUCGUAUCGUGGCGAUAGAGCUCUUGGAUAAAGCCAAUAAUCCUGAUCACUCGUCCUACACGGACCUGGAUGAUGACGACCCGGAGCCAGAGCCUCCUGUGUGCGUUCCACAUCGGAUUCGUUCGGUUAGCCGUACCAGUCGGGAAGGAAAGACCCUGUCAGAGAUUAACUUCGGUCAGGUGAAGUUUGACCCUCCUUUGACCACAGAGACGAAACCUCAUCAUGAACCGCUUGACACUGACGAUUUUUUGGACUGUGCCGAAGAAAUAUACUACACUGCAAGAUCUAAUCUGGAUCUAGAGAUGGAUUAUGGGCAGGGUUCUCCAAAAAGCUCCUUCCUAGGAGGAAACAAGAGUCUUUUAAAAUCUGUUGAAGAGGAGCUGCAACAGAGGGGGCAUGAGGCUCAUUUGGAGGAUGAUGAUGAGGGUGAAGAUGAUGAUCAUCAUGAUGAUGAAUUGCAACACAAGAAAAGCUCCACCAUGAGGCCUACUUUUCCUCCUCCACUUCCCCCCAAGCCAAAGCCCACCCCCGGAUCACAUCAAAGCCCCUCUGCUGAUCAUGACGGCAACCAAGGCACUAUUAAGCGCUGCCCUGGGACCGAGAGCCCGGCUCGAUCUUCUGGCAACGUACCUCCCCGACCUCCACCUCCUCGACUGCCCGGACACAAGCUCAGCAGUUUAGGUAAUGAGACUAAUCAGGAAGAGCAUUGCCUGUUGGAAGCCCAGAAGGAUGCUGGGAUAUGUAGUCAGUUCGACGAGAGGCUACAGGUCUCGUUUGAAGACGAGGAUGAUGAGGAAGAUCAUUAUGAGGAAGGAGACAGCAAUGGUGUUGAACACUCAUCGUCGACAGAGAUACAGUCCACAAUGCCCCCUGCUGUUCCUAUACCAAAAGACAAGAAAGAUUUACCGAAACCCAUCAGCAAUGGUCUGCCUCCAACUCCAAAGGUUCAUAUGGGAGCAUGUUUCUCUAAGGUCUUUAACGGAUGUCCAUUAAAAAUACACUGUGCUACCUCCUGGAUUAACCCUGACACGAGAGACCAAUAUAUUAUAUUUGGAGCAGAGGAGGGUAUUUACACUUUAAACCUUAAUGAGCUUCACGAGACAUCUAUGGAGCAGCUUUUUCCCCGGAGAUGUACUUGGCUGUAUGUCAUGAGCAACACCCUGCUAUCAAUAACUGGGAAAGCAUCUCAUUUGUACUCGCACAGUCUGGUGGGUUUGUUUGAGCAUGCUCGACACAUGCAGAAGCUCCCUGUUGCCAUAUCAACACAUAGACUGCCUGAUAAAAUAAUCCCCAGGAAAUUCUCUGUGUCCAAUAAGAUCCCUGAAACCAGAGGGUGUCAGAAGUGCUGUGUAGUAAGGAAUCCAUAUACGGGUCACAAGUACCUGUGUGGUGCCUUCCAGUGCAGUAUCGUCCUUUUUGAGUGGGUGGAGCCUAUGCAGAAAUUCAUGUUGGUCAAGAAUAUAGACUUUCCCCUGCCGUGUCCGCUGGAGAUAUUUGAAAUGCUGGUGGUUCCAGAGCAUCAGUAUCCUCUUAUCUGCAUAGCCGUGAGCAAAGGGACAGAGCUGCACCAGGUGGUCCGGUUUGAGACCCUCAAUCCAAACUCCACAUCCAGCUGGUUUACUAAUUCUGAUACACCUCAGAGUUGUGUAAUUCAUGUGACACAGCUGGAGAGAGAUACAAUUUUGGUUUGCCUAGACAGAUGCAUUAAGAUAGUCAAUUUACAAGGCCGGUUAAAGUCCAGUCGAAAACUAUCUGCAGAAUUGACUUUCAACUUCCAGAUUGAAUCAAUAGUUUGCCUACAAGACAGUGUGUUGGCCUUCUGGAGACAUGGUAUGCAAGGACGCAGUUUUAAAUCCAAUGAGAUAACACAGGAGAUUUCUGACAACUCAAGAAUAUUUAGGCUUCUGGGUUCAGACAGAGUGGUGGUUUUGGAGAGUCGGCCAACAGACAAUCCCACAGCAGACAGCAAUCUCUACAUCCUCGCAGGCCAUGAAAACAGCUACUGAAUGUGAUGCAUCUUGGAAUAUAAACACUACAUGCCAAAAUUCAACAACAACAACAACAACAACUGUCUGUCAAUUUUGCAGUUGUAGGACAACUGAGGUGUGGACACUCGAAUGGCUAUACAAAAUUAGCGGAGGAGAUUCAAUUCUAACCUAGAGAACAGACGGGUGGUGACCAUGUGUUUUACUACAGUAUGCACUUUCAUACGGAACUGUUUUAGAUGCCUAACGCUCGGCUUCUUGCAGUUCUUUUAAUGGGUUUAAUUUAUUUGACCUAAAACACGCACAUACAAUACAUGCUCAUUUGGUUUUAAAUCUAAUCAAGGUUUUUGUUUAUUUUUAGCCACUACAUUCAAUUGACGCUAACCACACAAGUGCUUUAAGACGUGUAUUUAAUUAAUGUACAUACAGACAUAGUAUUGUUGUACGCUUUGUAUUGGUUGUGUAGAUAUCAGUAUAUAUACGUUGUACAGGUUCAUGACAGCAUUAGCUGUUGUAAUGAGAACUGUAAGAUAAACUAUGAGAGAAUGGGUACUACUUUAAAUGACCUCUAGGGCCAGAUCAUUUGUUUUCGCUUUAUGCAAUGGUUUAGGAAUCACAAAGCUGAAGUGCCCGUCUUUUAAAGACUUGUCUUUUUAACGUUGUUUUAUUUUGUUUGUUUUUUACACAACAUAAUCUUUUUAUAUAAAGCCAAAUGCUGUUUUUAUUAAGCAACUUUUAAUUCAUUGGCCCUCAUAAUUGUUUUUAACUCUGUGGUAUGCACUCGCCUAAAAUUUGCACAAUGUUAGUAAAAUGUUUAUGUGUAUGUUUAAAUCCAUGCAAAUAAUUACAGAUUUUUCACGUGCAUUUUCUGUAAAUGUGCAUACAAUAUAACUCUAAUAAGCAAUAAAUCAUUAAGGUGUUUUUGAAUAAAUCGGACUGAAUGGAAAUCCACUACUAGACUGUCAUGUAGUUGACAUCAGUGUCUGCAUCCAGUUGUGUUUGUUUGUGUUAUGAGUGCUGUGGACACAAUUUAUAGGACUUUGGGAAUAUUGAAUUAAUGUUAACAUUUAGCAACAUGGCAUUACAUCCAUGUUUCAGAGCAGUUUUUAAGUGUAAAGAAAUUCCAUUGCAAGAAAAAAAUACUCGAGUCCUAUUGUUUAUUUGGGAUUGAAAGUUAACACGUUUAUUAAGUGUAUUUUCUUUAGCUGUCAUGUUGUGUACAUAUUGUAAAAUAAAAAUCACUUGGUUUUUACA